UUGCUGCUCGAGCGUUGUCAGGGCGGAUCGCGGUGUGCGCAGCCGCAGUGGGUGGCCACCCGCCAGAGCCAGCGAUCUCGGACGCGAUGAGACCCGGAGAGGAGCGCCCGGUGCAGGGCGGCGCGUGCGAUGGUGUCUCUGAGUUGGAGCCACUGGAGCUCCUGAAGCUGCGCGCGGCGGAACGCAUCGACGAGGCGGCCGAGCGGCUGGGCGCCCUGAGCCGUGCCAUCUGGAGCGAGCCCGAGCUGGCCUACGAGGAGCACCAUGCCCAUAGCCUGCUGACGCGUUUCUUCCAGCAGGAGCCGCCGGCCGCGUCCUGGGCGGUGCAGCCGCACUACCAGCUGCCCACCGCCUUCCGCGCCGAAUGGGCACCUCGGGAGGCCCGCGCGCCGGGGGCUGAAGUGCGCGCGCUGCAGCUGGGCUUCCUCUGCGAGUACGACGCGCUGCCCGGCCUCGGCCAUGCCUGCGGCCACAACCUCAUCGCCGAGGUCGGGGCCGCGGCCGCGCUGGGGCUGAGGGCGGCCCUGGAGAGCCUCCCGGGGCCGCCGCCGCCCGUGAAGAUAAUUGUCUUGGGAACCCCUGCAGAAGAAGAUGGUGGUGGCAAAAUUGAUUUAAUUGAAGCAGGUGCUUUUAAGAACCUUGAUGUUGUUUUUAUGGCCCAUCCCUCCCAAGAGAAUGCGGCUUAUCUACAGGAUGUGGCUGAACAUGAUGUGACUGUGAAAUACUAUGGAAAGGCAUCUCAUGCUGCUGCUUACCCUUGGGAAGGAGUAAAUGCUUUAGAUGCUGCUGUUCUUGCCUACAACAAUAUAUCUGUGUUAAGACAGCAAAUGAAACCAACCUGGAGAGCUCAUGGUAUAAUAAAAAAUGGUGGUGUAAAACCCAAUAUCAUUCCCUCUUAUUCUGAAUUAAUUUACUACUUCCGUGCACCCUCAAUGAAAGAACUUCAAGUUUUGACCAAAAAAGCAGAAGAUUGCUUCAGAGCUGCAGCUUUGGCCACAGGGUGUACAAUAGAAAUUAAAGCUGGAGCACAUGAUUAUUACAAUGUUCUUCCCAAUAAGACCCUAUGGAAAACUUACAUGGAGAAUGGAAAAAAACUGGGUAUACAAUUCAUUUCAGAAGAUAUGAUGUUAACUGGCCCUUCAGGUUCUACUGAUUUUGGAAAUGUUACUUUUGUGGUUCCUGGAAUUCAUCCAUAUUUUUACAUUGGAUCUGAUGCCUUGAAUCACACUGAGCAGUACACUGAAGCGGCAGGAUCACAGGAAGCUCAGUUCUACACUUUACGUGCAGCCAAAGCUCUGGCAAUGACUGCAUUGGACGUUAUUUUUAAACCAGGGUUGCUGGAAAAAAUCAGAGAGGACUUUAAAUUGAAACUUCAAGAAGAAAAGUUUUUAAAUACAGUAGAAUGAAAGGAAGCCUUAGAAGUCAUGUAUGAGUCAUUAAGAGAAAGUGAUCGUUUUUUCUUUAAUUUUUUUAAUGAAAGUGUGUAAAGGCAGUAGACUUUUCUUAUGUGAUAAGUAAGGACAGAAUAUAGAGAAAACAUGCAUCUAAAUUAAACAUUUGCGUCUAUACUUGGUGGAAUUGUGACAUUUCAGGCGUUGGUAUGUGAUAUGACUUCCUAAACAAAGAUAUCACUGAUAAUACAUGAUGAUACAUGAUUUAUCACUGGUAAUAUUUGAUAAAUUUAUAUAUAGUAUAUUUGUAAAGAUCCAAAGAACUUCAAAGCUUGUAUCAAUACCUAUGAAAGAGUUUUAUGGUAGGAGUGGUAGACCUAUUCUCUGAAGUACUUUUAAAGUUCACAUUUUAAAUUUAAGCAAAGUUUAUUUCAAAUAUCUGACUAUAAUUGCUUUGGUGUAGAAGAACACAUUUGUAAUAAAAGUAGACUUUUCCUAGGAAAUACUUGUGAGAAAUAACUGGAAACCUGGGUACAAAGAAUAAGCUUUGGUUUCACCAUUUGAAGGAAAAGAAGAAUGUUCUUUUUUUAUGGGUAGUGAACUUUAAGGUGGGAUUCAAGAAAUUCCUAAUGCAGUGUAUGGUAACAGGACAGAAUUACAGAGAGACAGGCUUGGACUCUUCCCACAAGGUGUGUGGGGAAGCCCAGGCUAUUCUAGGAGGUCUUGAAAGAGGAGCACGGCUGGCACCUGCUUGCUCUCAGGUUUUCAGUGUCCCCAGUAGUGCCUUUUGUUUGGAAGCCAGCCUGGCUCACCUGACUACACAGUCCUGAGCCUCCGUAAGUCUCAUGCCAGCCCAAUAUUGAUUAAACAUUAUUGUAAGCUUUUCAUCCUCCUUAGGUGGAAUUUCUUAAACAUGAUAAAAGAAUGUGGAAAAAUACCUGGUAAAACAUAGUUUAUGCUGUGAUUAAAGCUCUGUAAUAUGUUAUUGUAAAGGGAGGUCUUGGACAGAAAUGAAAGAGGAAGGAGAAGUGUAUUUGUUUGUCUUCUGGUAAAAGCCAGUCAUUUGGGUCCUCGGAUCUGCCAGUGUACCGUUUGGAAAGUUAGAUGAAAUCACCUCUACUUAGGGCGACAGUGUUCAGAAAACUCCUAAUUCGUAUUCUUCCUGAAAUUAUUUAAAUUUGCAAGAGAGGGGUUGUAUUUGGUAGGGAUAGUUAAGAAUUUCUUCUGUAUUGGGGUCUGUAGAUAACAGUCUGGUGGAAUAAAUAGCCUACGUUUUUGUACAAUCAAUAUGCUAAGAAUACUUCUUAUAUUUUUAAGUACUGUAAAACAAAACAAAAGCAACAGAGACUGAAUGAUGUAGCCUGCAAAACCUAAAAUAUUUAUCUGUCUUUAAUAAACAGCUUGAGAGCCCUUGUUCUUUAUAGUAAAAUAAAACCCAUUUCUCAUUGAUUUACAUCAUACCAGAUUGUGUCCUGGGAUGAAAUUUAAAGCUUAUGUAUUUAAACCACCAAGAAAGGGAUUUGCAUAUCCUGACAUGUUUGCCUUGAUUAAUAUGUUAUACUUCAUUAGCAGUUUUGUACUAUGUGAUAGAAGUUUCUUGUCCCCAUUUAACCUUCACCUCACACCAGAAUAGUUACCUGCUGCCCUGGGAUUUUCCUCUGUGCAGGCGGUUGUCUUAACUCUUGGUAUCUGGAUGGAACUUGAUCCUGCUUGCCAACCAUUGUCUGAUUAUAUAGAAGAGAGGGCAUCAAUGGAAGCUUUAGCAUGGAUUGGACACGCCUGAAAUACCGGGCUUAUAUAAACAGAUUUAGUUUGCUAAUUAUCAAGUUUUAAACUUCUCAAAUAGAUAUUUUAAAUUACUUACGUAAAUUCUUAUACCUCAAGCAACAGGGUUUUAUUUUCUUAAACCUUGAUAAAAUUCUCAGUGAUUUUAAUUGGUAUUCCAAAUUGAUACAUCCUGUUUGUGAAGUUGUUUCAUACAAAAUGUUCAUGUUUUGUCUGUGAUUAAUACACAUUUUAAAAAUAAAUUGGAGAUAAUUCAGGGCUAAUAUUCUGCUGUUAAAGGUUUGUUUGCAGUUGAUAGAGUUGCAUUUGAGUGCAAAAUGUAGAGCUGCAGCUGAUACACAAGACAGCGGUGCAUAAUCUUAUGUGCCGGGUCCUAGUGUCGGGAAUUAAUAUUUAUGUAGCACUAAGAUGUGAGCCACUUUUGAGUUUGUUAUAUUUUGUUUCUGUUUUAAUUUAAAAUUUUUAGUUAAAAUACAGAUCUAUCCUGUGGAAUAUGGUCACAGAUUUAUCAUGUCAAAGUUGAACUGAAUCUGUACUGUCUAGAAAUCUGGCUUUUUAAUCUUUGUUACUUUACAUUAUUUUACCUUAAUUUAUUUAAUAUAGUUCAGAUUUUUAAAAAUCUUUUUUUACUUUUCAUAUACCAAUGAAUUUAUUGCACUGUGUUACAGCUAGAAGUAUAAAUAAAUACAUAAAUUCUGGAGUAAAUACCUGUAUCUUUAGGGAUGAAUUACAGCUGAUCUUCAUUAUGCCAUUUGAAUUUAGGAGACGGCUUCUUUUGUAAUUAUAGUUUUUCUUCUGGAAUAAAUUUCUUUACCAUUAUUCUUUAAA